GUGUAAACGCCAAGUGGCCAUACACUAAGCAAACGCCGGCUUCAUACACAUCUUCUUUUCGGUUGCUUGCACAAUAAGCACCAUUUCUAUUUCUAUUCUAGGAUUUAUAAAUAAAUGGGAAGCCUGUGGAGCAGAACACAACAACAAACAUCCAAAGAAGAAAUCGAUAUGGCUCUUUCCAAAGCUAAGCAAAUCGUUUCCGAUAAUCCCGUCGUCGUCUUCAGCAAGACUUGGUGUGGAUAUUGCAAGGGCGUGAAGAAACUGUUCUCCGAGCUUAACGUGUCCUACAAGGUUAUCGAACUGGAUGAAGAAAGUGAUGGAGGUGAAAUCCAAUCCGCUCUAAAGGAGUGGACCGGUCAGAGUACUGUUCCUAAUGUGUUUAUAGGUGGGAAGCAUAUUGGUGGCUCGGAUGCUGUUAUGGAGAAGCAUCGAGCUGGGAAGCUGGUGCCGUUGCUAACUGAAGCAGGUGCCAUUGCGAAUACCUCUGCACAGCUCUGAAGAUUGGUGUCAUGAAUAAGAUUAUUAAGUUGGUUUAGGAAGAAAAAACAGCGACUGUCUGUUCUCAUUGUGAUUGUGAUGUUUUUAAUCAUAUGAUAUGUUAAUAAAAUACAAUCUUUAAUCAUAUGUGAUCUGCUGUAACAUCAGAAGUUGUGUUUGUUUAAUUAGGAGUCAUUUUCACCUA